AAAAGAAAAGAAAAAAUAAAGUGUCUUCUCCAAGCUUGGUGUGGUCAUAAACGAACAAGCUUCCCUGUUCUAUCUCACUGUGUGACUGGUUUCAUGAUAACAUGUUGGCUCUGACACCACAACUUUCUACUCCACCCACUAUCUUCCCUUCUUCAACCCACCACCUCAAUUACUCCCCCAUCCGCCUCCGCCACCACCUCUUCCAUUUCCAACCACACGCCACCGUCUCCUCCGCCACACCCAUCAUCGUCGAUGACGGCCCUGACGACAUCCUCGCCCUCCAAAACCGCCGCUACGACUUCACCCCACUCCUCAACUUCCUCUCCAACUCCCCUUCCCCCGACCCCGACUCUCCCUCCCCCACCUCCCUCGACUCCACCGAGUUCCACCUCGCCGAGUCCUACCGCGCCGUCCCCGCUCCGCUCUGGCACGCUCUCCUCAAAUCCCUCUGCUCCUCCACCUCUUCCUCCGCCUCCUCCAUCACCCUAGCCUACGCCGUCGUUUCAUGGCUCCAGAAGCACAACCUCUGCUUCUCCUACGAGCUUCUCUACUCCAUCCUCAUCCACGCUCUUGGCCGCUCCGAGAAGCUCUACGAAGCGUUCUUGCUCUCUCAGCGGCAAACGCUGACUCCUCUCACCUACAACGCCCUCAUCGCCGCCUGUGCUCGCAACGGCGACCUCGAGAAAGCGCUCAACCUCAUGUCCCGCAUGCGCCGCGACGGUUUCCACCCAGAUUUUGUCAACUACAGCUCCAUCAUCAGGUCCCUCACGCACUCCAACAUAAUCGAUUCCCCCAUUUUGCAGAAGCUAUACAGGGAGAUUGAGAGUGAUAAGAUUGAAGCUGAUGCUCAUCUUCUGAACGACAUCAUUCUAGGAUUCUCCAAAGCCGGUGACCCGACUCGGGCAAUGCACUUCCUCGCUGUGGCUCAGGGGAACGGGCUGAGUCCAAAAUCAAGCACCCUUGUGGCUGUUAUCCUUGCUUUGGGGAACUCCGGCCGGACCGCGGAGGCGGAGGCGCUGUUUGAGGAGAUUAAGGAGAAUGGGAUGGAGCCUAGAACGAGGGCUUUCAAUGCCCUGCUCAAAGGGUAUGUGAAGACGGGCUCGCUGAGGGAUGCUGAGUUUGUGGUUUCUGAGAUGGAGAGGAGUGGUGUUUUGCCUGAUGAGCAUACUUAUAGCAUGUUGGUGGAUGCGUAUGCGCAAGCCGGAAGGUGGGAGAGUGCGAGGAUCGUGUUGAAGGAGAUGGAGGCGAGUAAUUUGCCGCCUAAUUCGUAUGUUUAUAGCAGAAUCUUGGCGGGUUAUCGCGACAAGGGGGAGUGGCAGAAAUCGUUUCAGGUUUUGAAGGAGAUGAAGAGUAAUGGGGUGCAGCCUGAUAGGCAUUUUUACAAUGUGAUGAUUGAUACUUUUGGGAAGUUCAAUUGUCUUGAUCAUGCUAUGGCAACGUUCGAGCGAAUGUUGUCGGAGGAGAUUCGACCCGAUACGGUUACUUGGAACACGCUGAUAGAUUGUCAUUGUAAGGCCGGGUACCAUGAUAGAGCAGAGGAGUUGUUUCAGGAAAUGCAGCAGAAGGGAUACUCCCCUUGUGUCUUGACUUAUAAUAUCAUGAUCAAUUCUAUGGGGGCACAGGAAAAGUGGGACCAAGUGAGUGAUUUGUUAACUAGGAUGCAGAGUCAGGGAUUGCUGCCGAAUGCGGUAACGUUUACAACCCUUGUUGAUGUGUAUGGAAAGUCAGGAAGGUUUAAUGACGCGUUAGAGUGCUUGGAGGUCUUGAAAUCUAUGGGAUUCAAGCCAACUCCAACCAUGUAUAAUGCCCUGAUCAAUGCAUACGCGCAAAGGGGUCUGUCUGAUCAAGCAGUAAACGCUUUCAGGAAGAUGACAGCUGAGGGUCUAACACCCAGUCUUUUAGCUCUCAAUUCAUUGAUCAAUGCUUUUGGUGAAGAUAGAAGGGAUCCUGAGGCCUUUGCUGUGCUGCAGUACAUGAAAGAAAAUGACUUGCAACCUGAUGUAGUUACCUAUACUACACUUAUGAAAGCCUUGAUUCGUGUUGACAAGUUCCACAAGGUCCCCGCUGUGUAUGAAGAAAUGGUUUCGUCUGGAUGCACUCCAGAUAGAAAGGCUAGAGCAAUGCUGCGGUCUGCUCUUAGAUACAUGAGACAGACACUUAAAUCAUAAAUUAUCAAGCACAUUAAUAUAGCCUAAACACAGUCGAAUCGGAUCACGUGGUGUACAUUAAUCUAGUUCUGAAGGAUAUAAUAGGAUCCAUGGAUCCAUAUAGGUGUGUGCUACCUAGUGGGAAAAGGUUGAAUUGUUGUUGUAAUGUAAUAACAAUAUUAUGAUUCAGUUGAAGUCUUUGAGACUAGUACAGACGAUUCGGCAGGAUGCAUUUGCGUGGUUUGUCAUCCUGGAAAUAUGUGCACCAACAAGUCUGAAUGAGAAAUGAAGUUGCUGAAAUAACAUCCCCCUUCCUUCAUGCAGAGAACAAUUAGAAAACUAACUGGCUUACGGUAAUGUUGUACUAUGUAUCUAUCAAUCUUUGGGAUUAAUGUAAUACUGUGUUUAUUGUAAUUAAAGCUCAUACGUUAAAGGAAGAGUUUAGUGUGUCAGCAUUUCAAUUACAUUGUCAUUCCCAGUGUCAA